CUGAUUGGUUCCUAGGUUGGAAAUGGAGCCGCAGCUUCCGCGUCGGGGUCAGAGGUCGUGGCCGGCUGGAGACCGGGCUGCCCCGAGACGCCGGUUACCGGUUCGGUUCCCGCGCGCCAGCGUUCCUCACUGCCUUGCAUGAAUUCUCAGGCCUAAUGAUGGGGCAUACUACCAUUUUUGCAAUGCAGUACUUCAUGAGUUCAUCUCCGAAAUUGGAGCUGAGAAGCCAAAGAAUGAGACUCCUUAUCAUGAGGACCUUCUACAGCUCAGGCCCCAUCCAGCCCAAGGGCAACACUUCAGCAAAAACUGCCAUCAGACUGUAUCACAGACUCACUGAAAUGGGUCGAGCCCUGGGGCAGAAUUUCCAACAGAGAAUAUCUUCUGUGGCCAAAACUUGGUGGGAAAGUUAUGAGGAAUUCAUUGGGCUAAAUGAAGUUCGAGAGGCCCAAGGGAAUGUGACUGAGGCUGAGAAAGAGUUCAUGGUGGCUCGAGGAAUAGUCCGAAAGGCUAGAGAUGACCUGGAAGCUCACCAGGCAAGACUCAAAGAGAUUCGGGAUCGUUUGGAUCGAGUUUCCCGAGAAGAUUCCCAGUACUUGGAACUUGCAACUCUGGAACACAGAUUGUUGCAGGAAGAGAAGAGGCUCCGAACAACUUACAUUAACUCAGAAGAGUCAGAACGAGAGAAGUUUUCCCUCUUUUCUGCAGCAGUGAGGGAGAGUCAUGAGAAGGAGCGAACAAGAGCUGAAAAAACAAAGAACUGGUCAAUCAUUGGUUCUGUUCUAGGGGCUUUGAUUGGUGUUGCUGGAUCCACCUAUGUGAAUCGUGUACGGUUGCAGGAGCUGAAGUCAUUGCUUCUACAGUCACAAACUGGACCAAUGAGUCUGCAGGAGGUGAUCCGAGAACAAGUUUCUAGCCACAGCAUGCAGAGCAAGGAUCUCAGUGACCUUAUUGAAGAAUUUAGGAGCUUAGUGCACUCUGGAAUCACGUCUACUGGAGAAAGUCUCAUGUCUCAUAAAGAUACACACUUACUUUCAGCCUCUUUGAAAGAACAGCUCAGCCAAUCUCAGCAGGUUCAUUCAUGUCUAGAGAGUUUACAAGAGCAGCUUACUGACCUGGACAAAAAAUUCAGUCAGAUGGUUGCAGAGGUUCAGCUUGUAAAGGCUACAGCCCGUUCUCAGCUUAUAGAGCAAGCAAACCAAGCUUUGCUAGACUCUUCUUCACUGGACACCAGGCAGUCCCUGCUUGCCCAGGGCAUGAUUCUAGAACUGUCAGAUAUGGAGCAGAGAUUGGAGGCCCAAGUCAACAGGAACUCUAUCUACAGCACCGUGCUAACUUGUACCAUGUUUGCUGCUAUGCUGCCAGUGCUAUACAUUCUCUUCAGAGCCAACUAGUAAUCUCUGGAGGGAAGCUUCAGUGAGGAAAGGAGUUGUUGUAUUUACUAAUGAGCUGGCAAGCGACUUACUGCUUUGUCCAUUUAAGUCACUUGGAGGUUACUAGUGGUGAAGCCACCCAGAACUUCUGAGCUGGGCUCCUGAAAGGGGAAAGAGAUAGGGCAACAGGGUUUUAUUUUUCAAGAUUUACCUUUUUAAAAUUCCAUCUCACAUUUUGCAAUCAUUUACCAACUUUGCACUUGGGAAAAGGAUUACAUUUGAAAUUAUGUUAUUGAAAAAAAUUCAAAAACUUCAAAUUAUGGUGAUAGCUGAAAUUUACAUGACAUUUUACAGUUUCCAGAGCACUUUAUGUACAUUAUCAGUUGAUCCUCACAACAAUGCAAUGUAGCAGUGAAAGUCUAAGCCAAUUUGGUUGAAGAGAUUGGGAAAGCAGUUGGGCAGUAUGAAUUUAGAACCACGAAAUUCUAUUAAUUUUAAAAUUUACCCUCAUAGUGCCUCUCUAGGUUCUCCCCAUUGUUCUCCACUGUUGUCUGCAUUCUGUGACUUUUUCAGUAUCAUGUCACUGUGUUAGGAGGAAUUAUUUUUGAUGCUUCAUCUGUCUACAUUUCUAACCUUGGUUUUCAUUUUCCUGACCUAACUUGUAUUUCCCAACCCUUCUUGUGUCUAAGUGUUUGUGGGGUGUCUAGUCAUUAGAACCUGGGAGUCAGAACUCCUAGGCGCUUGUCUACUGGCUGACCAUGGAAUCCACUUCUCUUUAUGAUUUAGCUGUUCCAUUCCAUCUGUCAGGUGGGAAGAGCUCCCCUUGCCUUUCUUUUUUUUUUACCUUUUCACCUUCCCUCCAGACAUGAGGAAGAAUUAAUGUCUGAUACUUGAAACUGAGGGAAUUGGGGUUGGGGGAAUGGGGCUGGUGAUAGUGGUUUAUGCUAAUAGAUUAAAUUGGCUGCAUGGAGAAAGGAGCUUGCUAAACAAACUUUGCCUAUAGGGAAAUAGGAUUUGGACACCACCAAAGGGUGUGUAUACCUUCCCUCUCUACAGCCUGGAGAUGCUCUCUGAAAGUAUCUCAUUUUGCCUAAGGCAGGAUGGGAGGAGAGCUGGCAAAGUGUAUCCCAUUGAUAGCGUGAACUGAAAAGCAGUGAGCUGGGUGGGGUGAAUUCCAGAAGUGGAAGUCACCGCUAGUCAGACAGGGGUUGGGGGGAGGGGGAGCAGGCAGGUUGGAUGGUGGCAAAUUUAGCUCUGAAUGAACCCCACCCUGACAUGCCUGCUCCAGUACAGGAGGGCUGCCUGCUAUUCCUCCAAACCCUUCCUGCCCUGUCAAGCCUCAGACAGUGGGCUUGCUCUAUAUCAGCAUUUCUUUUGUGUUGCUAGGUAAGGACUCAGAGUUGAAUAAAAGAUAAUAAUUAAUAUGACCAUUUAUCAUUGUUAUCAUCAUCAUUUCUUAUUUAGAAAAGUUUGUGGGAAGCUCUGUUGUCUACCGUAUGGGAGCAAAACUGAGGGAUAGUACCAUCAGUGGCUCAUUACAAUUAUAUACACAUUGUAGUUGUGUAUUAGUUGAGCUGGAACUGGAACCUGGGAAGAUUCCUCCCAGCAUAGUGUCUUAGCUCUUGGAUAGGUUCUCUCCUUGCAGUGGAGCCUGACACUAACCAAACCCUUGAAUAGCCCUCGGGGAAUGGCAGCUUUCUAAAAGGCUAUAAGGCACAUUAUUCCACAAACAUUUAAUGAGUAACUUCUCUGUAUAAUGUAGCAUGUUAGACACUGAAGAUGUAACCCAAUAAGGAAGAAUUCCUGUCCUUAUAAAAUCUCAAGAGGAAUCUCAAGAGAAUCUCAAGAGGAAGGACAUUCAGAUGUCUUGUAGUCCUACAUACCUGAUCAAGAAUACCUUCUCCAACAGAGGUGUCAAACAUUUGGCCUUCACAACACUCCUGAGUGCUGCCUGAACAAGAUUAAGAUGUAAUCGGGAAAUAUUUAAUAAAAUAAAAAUAACAGUAAAAC